AAGCCAAAUAUGCCGACUGUUUGACGGUCUCAGGAAGCGGAGGAACAACUGAGAUUCCCUAUGAUAUCUGACGUUAACUUCGUGUUGUGCCGUGUACCCGGCGUGUCUUUGCGUAAAUGUAGCGAACAGACAUACUUUAAAAUCAAGUUUCACUUGAACCAAUAAUGCUGGAUGGUCGCUCUGAUGAGAUUCACCAAAAACAUUUGCAGAUUCUUGGGAAUAAUAAGCGAAGCAUCGCCGUAGUUGUCUGAUGUUAUUCAGAGGCCUGUGACCUGCCUCUGCCAUCAUCAGUGUGUGACGAGCAUCUCGCUUUCCCAGAAGGCCCUGGUGAGCAGCAACAGGAGGAGAUGGAGUGUGGGGUCCGUGCUCAGAAUUCCCAAGAUGAUUUGCUCUCUCAGGAUAUCCUGAAUGGGGAGGAGGGGCUCAGUGAGGAGGAGCGGGCCAGACGGAGGGCAGAGAGACGUAGAGCUAAGAGGAAGCGUCAGCGAGAGAGGAAGAAGAUGGAGAGAGUGGGAAAGAAUGAGAGUGCUGAGGAGCAGGGCACCGAGGACAAGGAGGGCCACACAGAGCUGGAGAGCGAGGAGAGCGAGAAUGAUGAGGAAGAGGAGGUGGUAGAGGUGGAGCAGGUCGCUGUUCCGUACUGCAAAGACAGGGCUGCCCCCCUGCUCGUUGCUUUUGGGAACCAAAGCAACCAAACCGCACAGCUGAGCUCCUGUGAGGAGGAGCCAGAGUGGGAUGUCAGCAGUGCCUUCGUCGCGAAUGCCGCCAGUCACAUCCGACCCAAGGGCAGAACCAAGUCGGGUUCUGGGUCCAAGGAGAACAAGGAGAAUGAGGCCAGAACCGGGGAGGAGACCAUGGCGGAUGCCGUGACCAAAAAGGGCGCCUCGCUCACAGAGAAGGGAAUCCGGUUGGUGCAGAAGGGGCAGUAUGCUGAUGCCAUCAGCAAGUUUACAGAGGCAAUCCACUACAUCCCCAACGAUUACAGGUUUUUUGGGAAUCGCUCCUACUGUUAUGCCUGCUUGGAUCAAUAUGCCAUGGCUCUAUCUGAUGCAGAGCGGUCCAUCCAGCUGGCCCCUGAUUGGCCAAAGGGCUAUUUUCGCAAAGGGAGUGCACUUAUGGGGUUGAAGCGGUACCGUGAAGCAGAGAAAGCCAUGGAGCAGGUUCUGAGGCUGGAUAAUGACUGUGAGGAGGCACGGAAUGAUCUCUUCACCUGCAGAGUCCUGCAGCUCGUGGAGCUGGGGUUUGAGGAGCCACAAAGUGUGUUGCUGCUGAAGAAGUUUUCCACAGUUAAGGCUGUGCUGAGCUCCCUAGAGGUGGCCAAAGGGGAAGACCUUGACCCUUUACAGGACCAAUCAGGAGCUCCCUGUCCAUCUCUGUGGGUAGGAAAUGUCACUGUGGACUUGACAGAGAAGCAACUUCGAGACCUCUUCAAAACGUGUGGGGAGAUUGACAGCAUCCGUGUCCUACACGAGCGCUUCUGUGCCUUCGUCAACUUCAAGAACGCCAACAUGGCUGCACGUGCUCUGGAAACACUACAGGGAAAGGAGAUUGAAAACACCAGGCUGGUGAUUCGCUACCCAGACCGUCGCCCACUGAGAGCCCCACCCUCCCCACUGAGGACCGCCCCCUGUGUCGCCCCCUUAGUGUCACAACAGGCUGCUGCUGCUGGGCCCAGACGACAGGGUCCCAUCAAUGGGAAUGAGUGCUACUUCUGGAGGACCACGGGCUGCCACUUUGGGGACAAGUGUCGCUACAAACACAUUCCAGAGCAGCAAGGCCGGGACCGGAAACCAUGGCAACCCUGAGAACUUUGAAGCCUCGUCAUGCAAGCAUGGCCUGAGAAAAAACAGAGACUGAGAAAGCUGAGGCUGGGUCCAUAUGAACAAGGGGGGGGUGUGCGGGAGCUGGCCUUUGGGCCAGUCUAGAAAAGUCCCAGAGACACUUACAAGUGCCUUGAAGUCCCCAGUUGCAGGUGUUUUGUGUAUAUUUGUGUGUGUGUGUGUGUGUGUGUGUGUGUGUGUGUGUGUGUGUAUGUGUGUGUUUAAAAAAAAUCUGCCUCAGAUUCAAGCAGAUGCAGGCCUGUUUCAUGCAACAACCAGCCGCAAUCUUGGAAUAAGAAAUGGUGCCGGCAGUUGAAUCCAUGUUUAGAGGCUCCAGUUUUGCACUCAGCUGAUGUUUUUAGUAUUACCGUUAACCCCUCAAUCUUUCUUCUCUGUGCCAAAACCAAGUGUUCCUUACUUCACCUGUCCACAUGAGGGUGCUGUUGCCUUGAGUGUGAGUUCCCUUGUGAGCCCUUCCCCUUAAGUGCAAGGUCCUAGCAAUGGUUUCCCUGGCACAGGUGGAAAGCGGUCGUAUUGAUAUUUGCACCACUGACUGUAUUCACAAAUGCAUUGCUGGUAUACUUUCAGUGUUUUAGUUUUUAAAAGAUUAACUUAUUUUGUUUAAUUGCGUAAGAAGAAGGGAAUCACUCCAUGGUUUCUCAAUUCCAGUAUAGCUGCAGACUUCCAUUUAGACGAGUCAUUUAGCCUUCUGAUUCCGCUGAUGUCACUCAGAUCUUGUCCGUUUUUAUCUUCCCUUCCCAGUUUUGAGAUUGUUGGUCGUUCGUUGAAGUGGAAACCCUGCAGUACUGCUGCUCUACUGGGCCGGAGUUGAGAUGUCCUGUUAUAGGACUGUAAUUAAACGUGUGUGAACCACUUACUGUAAGACAGACUCAGACCUUCAGGACAUCUCUGCUUAUUUAUAGUGAUGUUCACCCUGAAGGGGUGCCCUGUGUGCCUAACUUGCUUUUGAUUGGAUGCUUUGGAGGCAGGUAUAUUGGAUUAGUUAACUGAAAAGGAGAAAGGUUCACAAAUGUAGUGUUAUUGAUGGUGCCUGUGUUUCUUAUCGAAAACCUGGAAGAGGGUACGGUACAUUGUUUCUACCCAUCUAUGAUGUGGCGCUUUCCAAUGAUUUUCUUUCAGUUGACCCUUUGUGGAGGAAGACCUUUGGCUAUGGUACAUCUUUCCCCCACUAGGUGGCAGGCUAUUACAUAAUAUAUUUUGUAGCAGGGGAAGCAGUCAAUGCUGAGCCUUCUGACCUGAAUGAAAUUAUUUUUGCCCCAGAUGGGAAUCCAUCUUCCAAGACACUAUGUUCUUUGUGGCUUUUGAAUUGCUGUUGUGGGCUCAUGCAGUUAACCUCCCAAGUCCAUCAAUUUUUUUUAAUUUUUUUAUCAGGUCAUACAAGAAGUGACUCUUUAAUUAUGAAAAUGUAUAAUCAAUCUUUAUGUCUGUGUAAGUUUGCUUGUUUGUUUUUUUAAUUUUUUUAAAUUCAAAAGCAAUAUCAAACUGCCUGAGUCAGUCGGUGUCCUGAUUCGACCUGUUUGUUUCUCUGGAUAAGUUCAGCCUGGUCAUUGUUCUCAGGAAGGGUUUAUGCCACUUUCCGCUCUGAAGCCUGGACCGCGGGUUUAACCGCUCUUCUUUGAACUGACGGUCGUCUCUCAGGAAAACGGUCGACGCGUGGCUGACGCUGUUUAUGCGAACGCGGUUGCCGCGAUGGGACCGUCCGCUGCGGCUGUCGUCACGGCCAGAACGCACCGCCGGUCGCACUCCCGCCUGAUGUGGUCUGGGAAGAGCGGGCGAUGGUGCGUGGGAUUUGUGGACAGUCGGCAAGAAGGGCCGCGCCCGAUGGUAUGGCUGAUUUGGCCUGGAUGGAGCUUCGACAUCCAGAACUUCCAAAUCCUGGAUAGUGAACUAGCCACACUAUACGCAACAAAACCAAGUAGUGCAGGUCUCCUAAGGGACCCCCGUACUCAGUGCAUCGGUACGGCUUUGUAUUACAUUUAUGCGUAUCACUCGGGCUUCUGUAAAGACGCCAGUCCUCGUCGCUUGCUUUUUGCGCUUGCUGAAACUAUGUGAAUUGUCCAUAGCCUUUAGUUAAGGUCUCUGAUAGUGUGAUGCCUCCACCCGUUCACCUUUACGACAUGUAAAAUUGAAGUGGAUGACUGAACACUCUAAUAAGAAAGUUUAGAUUUUUUUAAAUGUAUCGUUGCAUGUUUGUUACCACAUUAAUCUGGAGUCACCAGCUAUCUAAAAGCUUUAUUUUAUUUAUUUUGUUUUUUUCUGUCAUAAAGUGGCCAUGAAGAGAGGGCCUUUCUACUUUGUUUUUAUUUCAUCUGGGCUUCACAUUAGAGUUAAUUAUGAACAGUAAUAGACCUCAAUUAGGGAUGGGAUGGGGGGGUGUUUUUAAUUUCAGGUUGUUUGGAAAUGUCUGCAGCAGAGUUACUUAAGCAUGAAGUUGAGCUGGUAAUUGCUGAAAGUGGAUGGUGUAAGUUAAGGCUGCUGUCUGGUGGAGAACAAUGAAACCAAGCAAAUUUUCCUGGCGCACUUUUUUGUCAGCCUCUCCGAUACAAUUCCCCCCCCCCCCAUCCCUCAGAGGGCUGCUCUGUCAAGCCAGCUGUUCGAGCAUCAAGUUAAGAUUUCUGGACAGUGAAUUUGGGACAGCCGCCCUUGCACUUUACCACAUGGGUGUGUCUGUUCUUGCUCUGAUUCUGACCAUGACAUUUUGAUGGGCUUGAGAGUGAAAAAUGUUUGCUCCGCUGUUUUGUGUGCUAGUAGAAUGGUGGGAUGAGAACGGUGUGGCACUGUUUCCAGUAUCAUUUACAUUUGAGGAUUGAGCUAGAUUUUUCUACUCAUUAACAAAGCAUUCACAAGGUAAUGAUAUAUAAUGUAAGCAUUAGUUAUACAAGUAAAUGGCUGCUUGGAGAAAAUGCACUUGGAAAGGUGAAAACUUUUAAUUUGUGGAAAAUUGUUCUAUAGAUAUACAAAGCUGCCUUUCCAACUGGCCAUUUUUUAUGUUUGAGGAGUGUUAACCAAAGGGACCUGCCAUUUUGGCCCACCCCUUUCCCCGCCCACUCAGGAACUAGUAUAGAUGGCCAGAAAAUGUGUUGAUUUCUUUGUCUGAUUUUCACAAAUUUAAGGAGACUGACUUUCAAAGUUAUGCUUUAUUUCAGGUCCUUGUUUCUCUCACUUUUUUGUCUAGAUUUUCUAAUUUGAUAACACUCAUUGAUGUUUUUUAUUGGUUGUUUGUGCUCUGUACUCCUCUUAACUCUGUAGAGGCUGUUGGAAAUGCACGUUCCCCCUCCCCCCCCCCCCAAAGAUGUCAAUAAAUUGAUUAUUAAGGGUGAAAAAGUUUACCAAAGUAGUCACUGUAAUAUUUUUCUUAAGUAUGACUACUUGUGAUAAAUGUUACUGAAUUAGUUUGUGUGUUGCUGCCAAAGAAUGCAGUGAAAAUUACAUUUUCAAUUUUACAAUUA